AUGGAAAAGGUUCGUCGUGGCUGUCAUAUUGAGUCUAAACCCUUUUGGAAGCAGUGCCUACGCUGCUAUUUAGAUUCAUCCCACUCAUACUCCACUCUCCUUGAAGUGGACUCUCAGAUCUAUGAGAACGAACCCGCUAAAGAUUCCGCUCAACAGCAAUCAACGAGCGACAUCCCCAUCAUCACAAUUGACGAUCCUGAUCAGAAUCGAACCGUUCAUUACGAAUCCUCCUCAACCGAAACAGAGAUGUCUUCUUCCCACCGUUCCUCUCACCACUCCUCCUCCUCAAAGUCAAAGCAUGCAUCUUCGAGGUCUAAAUCCAAGAAGGACGACUGGUCAGAGAUCACCGAUCCUGAAGAGAGAAGACGCGUUCAGAAUCGAAUUGCGCAAAGAAAGUUCCGAGACAAGGCCAAAGAAGCAAAGGAACGCCAGGAAAGAGAUGCCGAGAACCAAGCUCACGCCGGACACUCCUACAAUACCCCCGACCCCGGUGAAAUGGGAACGGACGAUGAAUUGUCCGGUCUUCCCUGGGGCUCGUUGUCAUUGAAGCAUGUGGUCUCGAAGGGCAGAGCAAAAGAAGAGCAAUCGAGGAGGGGUUCCAGAACACAUGAAGGUCGAAGUCAUUACGAUAGUCAGGGACCAAUGUACGAUCAGAGAGACGGAUAUUACGAAGUAGACUCAACGUAUUACGAAGAUCCAGAUAGAUCAUAUUAUGAUUAUGGAAGUGGAGGAAGUGGCCAUGGAGGUAGCUCUCAUUGA